AUGGGUUGUUGCCAGUCAGACCUGAAAGGUGAGAAGCAAGAAGACAUCGACAACCAAGCUCCUCAGCCGAUCAAACAGGUCAAAACCAAUUUCAGCACUGUCGACUACGACGCUGCUGCAUCCGGCAGACGAGAUACAAUAGUCGCACCUGAAGAGGUUAGACAAAAGUCGAACCCGCUACCCUCGCUAUCAGAGAAGGAGACAAGCAGCUUGCACCCGCAGAGUUUAGAUAGCACUGCCGUCAGCUCGACCAAGCCUCAAGUGACCGGCGACGAUCGAAUCAGUUUCGACAACAGAAUCGAAGACCAGCCAAGUCUUGGUAUCGAGAGCAGACACAUAGAGGAUACGCAAACCAGAUUACCUUACGAGGACGUCACAGCUUCACCUACCACACCGACUGCUGCGCACACUAUUGGUGAACAGCUACCUGGGACCAAGACAUAUCCAAGUGGCUUAGCCUGCUGUCAACAAAGACAAACUCACAAGCACAAUCGCACCGAGCAUAUCAUUAUGGGACUCUUCAACAAAUCCAAGAAGCUACCCGAAGAUCCUUCUAACCCAAUCUUGUCGUCUGAAUCUGGCGGCGUCACCACAGAGGACAGACCUCGGAAGAAGUCUCUCUACCAAAAGUACCAGGAUCUCAAACGAGGUCCAUCGACCUCCCAGCUCAGCGAAGAGGACCUCAAGAAGUAUACUGGGAUGGAUCGGACUGAAUUUGACAAGUGGGCUGCGACAACACCUGGAGUGGCUGGCGGUCAAGCAGCUGGCAGUUUAACCGCUGGAGGAAACAGUGGGCUUGGAGGUACUGCAGCUGGGGAAGGGCUUGGAGGAUGGGGUCGUGAGGCCGGAAAGCAGCCUACCAUUAGAUAG